AUCGUCGACUUCGGGCUGAUCGCCUGAAUCAGCAAAAAUGGGCCACGAAUUUCCCAUUUUCAAUUUUCGAAAGAAACCGGAAAACCCUACUCCCUCUUCCCCUCUCCACGAGACAUAGGCGAAUUGGCGCCAAAACCGCCAUUAACAUAAACUUUCGCCAAUCACCAAACUUUCGACCACCCAUACCCAAAUUACUGCUCUCCUCAACUUCUCGUCAGUUUAGGGCGCCUUAAUUAGACCUAAUCCGUUAAAGGUGGUGUUGUUUCCAAAAAAAAUUAAAAAAUUUAAAGUGGUAUUGUUCAUCUCAGGAAGGGAAAUCGCCUUAGGCUUUUUUGUUUUGUUUUUUUUCAAAAUUCUCAGUUGCAGAGUGGGAGCUGAAGAGGUUAUUUCCCCGCAGACAUGGCUUUUUGGGGAGUUGAAAUUAAACCAGGAAAGCCAUUUACUCUUUCCCCUAAUCAAUCUUGUGGAAGACUCCGAAUAAGCCAGGCUACACUAGGGAUGGGGUCUUCUAACAGUAGGAGUUAUGUUCAGUGCAAUGUGGGCAAGAAGACUCCUGUUAUGUUGUGCGUUUUACUGCCUGAUAAAGCCGAGUUCCUUCAUUUGGAAGCCGAGUUUGAUGAAGCAGAUGAAGUCACUUUAUCUGUUAUCGGUCCGCGUAGUGUCUACCUUAGCGGAUACUAUGUAGGCAGUGCUCGACCGAGUUUGAUUGGAGAUGAUGAGUCUGAAUCAUACGGUGAAGAUGUUGGAGAGUCCGACACGGAAGAUUUUAGUGUUGAAGAUGACUAUGAAGAGGAUAGCUUCAUUGAUGAUAGUGAUCCAGAAGUGUUUGCUCCGUCACCUUCGACUAGCGAUGAAAUUAAAAAGAAGAAAUCUGGCAACAGAAAAGGCAGUCGCAAGCGCCUUAAGAAGACAUUUAUAUUGAGUGACUCUGAAGAUGAUGGAGCUAUUUGUCAACAGAACACAACCAGUGAUCCCAUUUGUGAAAGUGAGAAAGAAGAUCAGACUGCUGUCUCUUCACUGUGUGCAAAUGCUAAAAUGGGUGAUCAAGAUUUAAAAAGAAAGAGGCGUGUUUCUGAAAAUACAACUGAUGAUCAGGAAUCUGAAGUAAAAAAGGUUAAGAAGAAGAAAAGAAAGAAUAGUAAAGAGAAUGAAGCCUUAAACACUUCAAGUGUAGCAGAGAAUGAGACUGAUGGGAAAAUAAAAUGCAAUACAAAGACAAUUUCAGGUGGCUUGAUUAUUAAGGAGCUAGAGGCUGGUAAAGAAGAUGGAAAAGUAGCAUCCUCGGGAAAGAAGGUCACUAUUCAUUAUACUGGUAGACUGAAAAAAGGGAGCCAGAUUUUUGACUCAACUGCUGGAAAAAAACCUCUGAAAUUUCGCCUUGGGGAAGGUUGUGUUAUGGGUGGACUUGAUCUUGGAGUAGAGGGUAUGAAAGUUGGUGGUAAAAGAAGGCUUCAAAUACCGCCGGAAUUGGGAUACGGAAGUGAGGGCACGAAUCUCGUACCCCCAAACUCAUGGUUAACAAUGGAUGUUGAGUUGCUUCGAGUUCGCAGAUAAUUCAUUAAUUUGGCUGUAGAGUUGGUCAGUAUGAACUUACCUAUUUCGUUAACAACUACUGGAUGCAUCAGAUUCAAUUUUGGUAGUUAUAGGUUCUUUACAUGCCUUACAAAGAGCAAAUUUUUUUUGUCAACAAGUUAUAUACCUAUUAUUUCUUGUCGAAUUUCGGUAUUAUAGGAGGGAUCCUUUGAUAUAGAAGUAUUUAGUGAACAAGAUAACUGCUAGCAACAUUUUGUUAUGUAAACGGAUUUGUUACCAGCUCUUACAAAUACAGUAAUCCUUAUUCUUGUACUCCCUCCGUCCCAUAAUAUAGUGCAUGUUUUCCUAGAAUGGUGUACCUAAAUGAUGUGCCUAUUUCUAUUUUAAACAAUUAAUUUUUACCCAUAAUACCCUCAUGCACUAAUUGUAAUUCCAAUAUUGUCCUAAAAAAGUCAGAAUUUUUACUUUGCAAAUUGUACUAUUUAACUUUUAUUCAAUCCAUGUGCUUGAUUUUUGUCUU